GGCUCCACUCCUCCACAAUCUUUCGCUGAUCGAGGGAACACCAGCCUCAAUUCUACGAGCGUGCGCCACAUGCCGGAACUUUUUCGGCCGUCAAUUGACAAUAGACAACACCGUUCGAAAGGGCGAUAACGUAUUUCGGUCUAUACUUCCAGAACCCACAAUCAUGGACUCGGACUCAAUAAAGAAGGCUAUCAUCCGGCAGGCGCUGGAGGAGACCAACACGGCGAAUGCGCGGACAUUGAUCGAGGCAAGCGAUCCUUAAAAGCGUCGCGUGCUCUCCGCGGCUAACCCGGACAACUCCAGAACGUGAACGAAAACUGCUUCGAAAAAUGUGUCCCCAAGCCAGGCACAUCCCUUUCGAGCGGCGAGCGGACAUGCAUCACGCAGUGCUUGGAGAAGUACAUGGCGGCCUGGAAUCAGGUCGAACGAGCCUUUAUGCGGAGAGUACAGGAGGAAGUCAAGAGCGGCACUAUCGGCAAAUAAACAAAUAGAUCCGAUGAAUUGGAGCGACGCAAUAU